AUGCGGUCGUUUUGCGUCGCCCCGGUGUUGUCAACACUGGUAAUCUUACUCCACCUGAUCCCGGUCGCGAUCGCCUCUCCGUUCACCGUCGACGCAAAUCUGCUUGAGAAGCGAUGCUCAAACUCCUGUGGCUGGAAGGGCCAGGUGUGCUGUGGCGCCGACCAAGCCUGCAGCACGAACGCUGCCAAUGAAGCAGUUUGCGUUGACGGUUCGGGAAGCGGUUCGUGGACGUACUACACAACAACCAUCGUGGUGACCGAGGUUGAUAAGUCGACCAUCACUUCCGUUUGGAGCAGCCACAUCGCGACAGCGACGGCCACGGCUACUGGAACCUGUCGGAUCGAUCUGGGCGAGUCAACAUGCGGAAGUACCUGCUGCAACGCCGCACAGGAGUGCCAAGAUGGCGUGUGUGUUGCUGAGAGUUCUUCUGCAGCAGUCACUGGCACAGAGGCUACGCCCGGUGUACGAGGAACAAGCAGUGGUGCGAGCACUGUGACGGAGACAUCAGCUCCCACCACGACAGAAUCAUUCAUCGCAGCCGUUGGAACCGACGGCGCAGAUUUGAUCGGCGCCAAAGCCAGCAGUAACGGAGGCGGACUGAGCGGCGGCGCAAUUGCAGGCAUUGUAAUCGGUGUGCUCGCCGGUGUGAUUCUGCUCUUGCUGCUUUGUGGUUGUCUCUGCUUCAAGGGAGCCGUGGACGGCCUACUUGCAGCACUGGGCAUCCGCAAGCGCCGCAGACGCGAGACGACCUAUGUCGAAGAGCGCCAUUCUCACCAUUCGCAUGGCAGUCGGCCCCCCCCGGCUAGGCGUACCUGGUUCGGCGCGAGACCGGCGGCAGCAGGGACGGAAAGCGAUGUUAGCGAGAAGAAGUCCAAGUGGAGCGGCUGGGCUACCGUCGCAAUUAUCCUGGGUGCGCUGGCUCUGUGUUUGGGAUUGAAGAGGCGCAGAGACGAGCAUGAGGACGACGACAAGACGAGUUACACGUACCCGAGUUCGUACUAUUAUUCGGACUACACACGGAGUAAGUUGAGCACUGAAUAG